GGACACUGCGGGCGUGUCGCUGCAAGACAACACCAGAAAAGCUUAUCUGGGCUGCACAUCUUGCCGUGUUUGUUUUGUAUAUAAUAUAAAUAUAUUUAUUUUUUACCCCCAUCCACACUCCGGCUUUACGGAAAGGCAAGUGUCGCACUUUGUUUCCACCAUGGGAGCGGAGACUUCUUCUGUGCAGCGCGACGGGAAGAGCCCAGAGGAGGUGUCGGCCGCCGAGGAGCUGAGCGCCGAGGUGAGGACUCAUGUGGAGGGGGGCGGCGUCGUGGACUCCAAGUCUCUGCAGAAGAACGGACAGAUCUCCAGCAUGACCAGUCUGAACGGCCUCUCGGAGGACAGCACCCUGGCAGAAGUUGGCCAGCCAGACAGUGUGUCUGUGGUUCAGAAAGAGGAAGCUCCUGAGACAAUGAAUGCCAUCCAGGGUGAGGAGCCCCCCCAGGUAAAUGGAGAGAAGGUGGAGAAAGAGUUCUCCGAUGCAAAUGACAUCACAGCCGUUGAGGAGAAGGCAGCUGAGGAGAAACCUGAUGAGGCCAAUGAAGUAGGCUUCAAGAAAAUCUUCCGAUUUGUGGGCUUUAAGUUCACAUUGAAAAAGGACAAGAGUGAGGAGAAGGACCCUGUCAAGCUACUGACAGUUAAAGACAAAGAAGGUCAGGAGGUGAGCGUUAUUGAGCCAACUGAUGAUGCUAAGGAGAAGGCUUCCUCUGCAGAGGAGGAAGUCAUGAUUGAAGAAAAUGUCGAAACAUCAGCUGCAGAGACUGAUGUUGCGGAGGAGAUGGAAGAGGCCACAACCACCAAAGUUCCAGCAGAGGGUGCUGAAGAUGAAGAUGUUGCUAAAGAGGCCAAGGAGGAAGUAGCAGAGAAGGAAUCUGAGACCAGCCCACCAUCCCAGGAGGUCGCACAGUCGCCAUUCAGGAAGCUGUUCACUGGAGGACUCUUCUCAAACCUGCGAAAGAAAGCCAGCAUCAAGAAAUCCAAAGAAGAGGAAGAAAAGGAGACAGUUGCUGAGGAGGAGACUGCUGAGGCAGAGGAGACCACUGAGGCUGUGGAAGAAGAGGGAGAAAAGAUUGAAGUAGAGCAAGAGUCCAAGGAGGAGCCUCAGGCUACAACUCCUGCGGAAGAGAAACCAGAGCUGACUCCAGAGCUUGAAGUUGCUGCUCCUGCAGCUGAAGCUAGUAUUGCUGAUGAGCCAGCACCAGCAGAGGAAAAGGCAGAAGUUGCUGCAGAGGAAGAAAAGGUACCAGUGGAAGUGACCACUGAGACUGAGCUGCUUUCAUCCCAGGAGAAGGCCAAACCUCAGGGGAGCCCCCUGAAGAAGCUUUUCGCUGGAGCUGGUUUGAAGAAGCUGUCCACCAAGAAACAAAAAAGCAAGAAAGAUGCUGAGGCCAAGAUAACUGAGUCAGGGGAGCAGGCAACUGAACAACUUCAAUCCUCCACUGACGCAGCAGAAAGUCAAAAACCCGACAGCGGUGCAUCAUCUCCAGAGGACUCGGGGGAGCAUGACAUUGAUGCGGUAACCAACCAGGCUGAACCUAGCCAAGAGCCCGAAGGAGAUGUCCCCUCUGAUGGGGAGAAAAAGAAAGAUGGCAUCAUUCCAUGGUCCUCCUUCAAAAAACUGGUGACGCCCAAAAAGCGUGUAAAGAGGUCCUCUGAGAGUGAAGAUGAGGCCACGGGUGAGAAACCAGUUAAAUCAGCCACAUUGUCCUCCACAGAGAGCGCCGUGUUCACAGAUAAAUGUGGCGAGGAGGAGGAGGAGGCUAAGGAGGAAAAGCCAGCUGACGAGGAGCCAAAAACCGAAAACACUGAGAAACUGGUUGGGAGUACUGAGGAGCCCAAAAAGAAAAUGGACACCUCUGUCUCCUGGGAGGCUCUAAUGUGCAUGGGUGGGGCCAAAAAGAGGACAAGAAGGACAUCUGACUCUGACGAUGAAGAGACAAAGAUUGAAGAGGAGGCUACUUCAGCAACAGGAGAAGAGGGUAAACAGGAUGAGGAGGAGGUUAAGACAGUUGAGUCCCCUGUCAUCACCGCCCAGGAGGACCAGGUUGAAGGUGAAGUGGUGUCUUCCCCUGAACCGUUAGCCAGUCCCCCAGAGAGAGAGUCUGCUUGGGACACACUGAAGCGCUUUGUCAUGUCAAAGAAUAAGCCCAAAGUUGAGGAGAAGACAGAGGAGAAAACUGACCAAACCCUCUCAGACAGUGAGAUGCCAAAAGAAGAGUCCUCAUUUUCAUUUCGAAAAUUGUUCCCCGGUCGCAGGAAGAAGAAAGUUGAAAAGCAAUCCUCUGCCGACCAGGGCUCUGGUGAGGAAGAAUCUGACACUCCAGCUGUGGUUCCUUUGUCAGAGUAUGAUGCUGAGCAAUCUGAGGCUAAAGAGGUGGAAACAGCAACACCAGCAGCAGUACAGACUAUAGUGUCCUCAGAGGACAGGUCGCCCUCAUGGAUCCCAGCCCUAGUAGAAGAUGUUGAUGAUAAAUAUGAUCCGUUGAGUGACAUCCCAGAGGAAGCAGAAAACGCCGCCACACCAAAGUCUGCGGAAACCACCAUUGCAGAUGAUGAAAUUGAAUCACAGCCUGGACUGUCCCCUGCAGCUUUUGGCAAGGCAUGCUCUGAGCGAAGACUGUCCACAGCUGAAGUAAAGCCUGUAGUUCCCUCACCACCUGUUGAAACCACUUCUGUCCCUCAAGAGCCCCGGUCUGAGGAUGCAGAGAUCAUUGUGGAGGGCAUAGCAGAGCAGGUCAGUGAGAUCCCUUGCCAGACAUCUGUGGUUGUUGAAGAUGUACCAGUGCAUGUAGCCACUGUUGAAACUGAGUAUGAGCCACCAAUUGAGCAUACUGAGUCCAAAACAAAAACCAUCCUUAAGCCACAUUUGCAGGAGGAGGCCAUGGCCAUUUGCACUGGCUUAGGAACCAAGGAGAUUGCCAAAACAGCCCAGGAAAAGCCUGUGAUGCCCACUGCAGAGUCUGUGGCUGUGAUCAGUGAUGCUCUUUGUACUGAGGUUUUAGUAGAGGAGAAGACAUUGCCUUCUGAGGAAGCUACUGUGUCAAUGGAUAGUGUGUUUGAGGCCCAAGUGAACCAUGUGGAGGUUGCAGAGCUUGAGUCUACCCCUGAAAACUUGGAGGGAACUUGCAAAAUUCAAACCGCCAAUGAGAGCUAUGAACCUGAAAUCGAGAAGAUUGCCUUAGUCACCACUCUUCCAGAGCAGUCUGAAAUUGUUCAGCCACCAUCAAUGGAUGAGAACUCUCCCAAAGGUAUUGCUGUUAAUCUCACUACACCAACUGCUGAGGCACCUGUCAUAACCGAGACUGUGGAAAUCACUUUACCAACUAUAGAAAUUAAGGAAAAGGAACUGGAUGUGGAACAGCCUGCUUCCCCCGAAGAGAACAUCCCAGUAGAAGUAGAAAUGAUAGUUCAGCCUGUAGCACAAGAAACAAAUUCCACCCUAUCUGAAACCACCAAGAGUGAUGGUGUAGAGGGAACAGAGCAAGACAUCUCCGUUGUGGUGCCUUCUGAAGAGGUUACCAUAACCCAGGAGACAGCGGUUGUAACUGCCCCACUUUCAGUGGAGCCCAAGCAAGUAGAGACCAAGGAGGAGGUGGAGACAGAAAAAGCCCCAACAUCAGAGUCCACUGGUGAUGAACCAAUCAAAGUGCAGGAAACUAAGGUGUGCACAGAGGUUGAAGAAGCUGUGGUAGAUGCUAGCAUUGGAGCUGCUGAGUCAGAGGACAGUGCUGAUGUCAGUGAGCAAGCCAAUGACAAUCUGCAGGAAACCAAGGAAGAGAUAGAGCAGGUCAAUGCUAUUGAAGAGCAGAGCAUGGUCAUUGCCAAGUCUGUAAUCCAAAAUGCUGUGGAGGAGGUGUCAGAGGACCAGUCUGAACCCCAAAAGCCUACCAGCCCCUCAUCCAACAUCCCAGCCCCAGUCCAGGCUGUGGCCACAACAGAAAAGGAGCUUGACAUGGAGAUGCCUGUUGUUACAGACGCUCCCAUAGCCACCAUCCAUGAAACACCAGCAUCACCAACCCAGGAAUCCAAGUCCCCUAAACAACUCCUCACUGCAAUCCAAGUCAUUGAAACAACUCCAGUGGAAUUAGCAGAGAGCCUUGAUGCCCCCGCAGAGGAGAAAAAAUCAGAAGAUGAACUGAAGCAAGAUGUGGAGGUACAGGCAAGUGAAGAGACUGUUGCGACAGAAGAAAAGGUAGAAGUAAAGUUAGAUAGUCAGAGAGAUGGAGAGCUUGAGGAGGUCAAGAAGAAACAGAGCAAAGAUGACAGAGAGACACAGGAAGUUGUACAAGCAGAGAAACAAGAAACUGCUGAUUUGUUCGAAGAAGUAAAACCAGAACCAGAGAUCACGAUGGUGGCGACCCCGUCAGAGGAGAAAAAAGAGAAAGAGAAGCCUGAGAUCCAUUUGCCAGUCCAGGUGGUCCUGCAGGUGGCACAGGUUCUUGAAGAUCCAAAGCUGGAGGAAGAGGCAGUGGUGGAGUUUGACAGCAAUGGCCCAGUGAAUGAUGUGGCACCAACUAAAAAGAACGACCAGGAAGCUGAUAGCCCCAUAUGUCAGAAACUGGCAUCAGACCGCCUCCCAACACUCUUGGAAGAGCCUAAAAUGCAAUCUUCCACAGAAGUGGCCACCCUCAGCCAAGAUGCCCAAGAUGAAGUGACGGCUGCCGGCCCAGCAACGACAGAAAAGUUGGCAGUGGGGACAUGUGCAGAGGUGAUGGCGCAGGUGAUCGAAGUGAUUGAAGAGGCUGUGAAGGAGAUCGAGCCCAUCUCCACCGAGCUCACAGCAGCAUCAUGAGCAGUCAAAGGUGCGAGAUUGAUGCCUGGGAGACGAGUUGUCUGGACCAGGAAGUGAGUGAUGAAGGAGAGAGCAAGAGAGAGAGAGAGAGAGAGAGAGAGAGAGAGAGGCUGCUCUGAGGAAACACACUGAGACUGGGCUCCAUCCAAACCCUGCCUAGAAUGACUGAGUGACUGAGCAACCCCUCCCAUCCUCUAAACCCGACACCCCGCACCCAACCCCCGUCUUGCAGCAAACCACCUGGUCAUAGAAAAGUGAUAACCAGCCUCCACGUCCAAACCACCCCAGGGGCAAAGCCAAACCAACUGCCCUGCACACUCUCACUCAAAUCCCAUCACAUUCCUGUGCCUCAGUGGUGUCCCACCUGACAUGUAAUCAAUGUGAUGUACGCUAUAUGUCUCAAUGACCUUCCAUCGCCCUUGCCAGUUUGCAAGAGUCUGCAUUCUGGUCGAGCAAGAUAGUGAGACGGGGAGAGAGAGAGAGAGAGAGAGAGAGAGAGAGAGAGAGAGAGAGAGAGAGAGAGAGAGAGAGAGAGAGAGAAAGAAAGAAAGAGAGAGAAUAUGCAUAUAUCUGAGAUUGAGUGCAGUUAAAGAGUUGGAAGAUUAUUAUCUUGUAUAUUGUAUUUAUAUCAUAUAUAUUCUCUUAUUCAUCCCAGGUCUUCAUUUUUUUUCGGUUUCUGACUGUACGGAAUUUAUUGCCUAUUUGUAAUUCCCACGAAAAGCUGUGAACUAGCAGACAACAUCACGGCAGUCAAUUUAACUAGGAAAAUGAAUUGGAGCGAGGCACAGAAAAACAUAAUUUAAAGUCUAUGUGGGCAACACGAAAUUACUACAUAACCAAUGUGAAAGCAUUUAGGCAAUGUCCAAGAGGGUGCACAGUGUAUCACAGCCCUAUUUAGUCAUUUUAAAAGAUUAUUUCAGGAUUAUGUAGAUAUUAUCUCUAAACCAUGGUACAGGUGCGAUUGCGGUCACAUUUCUGGUCACACUAAAUAUACGUUACAGUUUGAUUUGGUGGAGGAACAGGGAGAACGAUGAAGUCCAUGAUAAACGCUUCAGGUGUCUGACCUUUUACACUGACUCGUCACACUGUAUUUCCCGUCAUUCUCCGUCCUGCCAAAAUAGUUUCGGCCCCGUGUAGAUAAGAAAAUCACUGCCUGAUUAACUGUGAAAAAAAAGUAUUGUUACUUAAUUACGUCUCUGUUUCAUGUGAAGGUAAAAUAAAACACUAUUAUUCCACCUAAUACGGAUUAUGUGGGAGAGGUGUCUGGUAAACAAGUUAUGUGAAAAGUCACACAUCUCCGCGACACGGACAGCUAGUUAUACAGGGUAUGAGCACGUACGCGACCUGAAACAGUUACACAAGAAGUCAUGUGCACAAUGUUAGCUGGACAUGUAUUUUGAAUUAUUGUAUGAUUUAGGAAUUGGUGUGUACCACUUAUUAUAGGAUUUGACAGCUUGGUCACUUCAGUGUCUUGUAUGAGCCAGCGCUGCAGUCUGCAAUGAACGAAAGUGCGUUGGCGCCCUCUGUCGCCUACUAUGAGUAGUACACCAUGUAUUCCACAUGUCAUUUUCACAUGAUUCAAAUGUAAUUGUUGUAGUAGAGGUUGAGUCUUACAAGGAAAAAAAAAGUUUUUGUUUUGUUUUGUUUUGUUUUUGUUGCAUUGCACAGUUCAACCUGUCAUUUGAUACUAGGCCUACAAUGUGUUCUCCACCCGGCAUGAUAGCUUUGGUUCACCAAACCAACACAAGGGAGGAUUUAGAGAGCACGCUCACUGAUGGAUGAUACAUAUGGCUCAGAUAUUGCAUAAAACCAGACCAAAUUAUAAAAUCACAGUCAUGGACUGCCUUGCUCACAGGAUGACGUGCAAUUAAAUUUCCCCAUCUCCCAACACUGACUCUCGAGUCAAAACGAUUUAUUCCUCAAAUUACCAACUCGUGAGACACAUUUUAUGGAGGAGGGUAAACAUUGCCAAUUACAUGCUUACAGGGAGGAUGGGUGACAAGCUUUAGGAUGGAAGAGUGUCUUAACAUUUCUGUUAAACCCUUUCCCCAACUCAGCAGCCAGACCAAAUAUGUCACUGUGGGUAAAACACACGGGCAAUUUUUGUUUCUGACCAAAUUUAGUUCACCUGUGCUUGUGAGGGUUCUGGCCUCAUGUGAAGCAACAUUCACACACUAGAAUCCGUAAAAUCUCGACGUGGUGGACUUCACCAGCAGCACUACGAGGCUUCCUUUUGACUAAGCUGUUGUCAAUGACCAAAUGAGAGAAAGACAAGAGGUCACCAAACUGUCCGGUCGCCGUUUCACGAUGAGUACACAAGUACGCUGUGACGUCACAUCCAUACCAUUUGUUUUUAUAGAUGAAAUGAAUCAAAAACAAGACAAUUGCUCGCUGCUUUUUGUAAUGCAUUUGGCUGGGACACCUGCCUACCGUCAAUCCUCCCAAGCUUUUUGUAACACACUCUUAACUGUGAAGCUGAUAACCUUUGUACAGAAUGUAUAACCCGUGUACUUUAAAAAAAUUAUAUUGUUGUCAUGGUAACCAAUAACCCAUUAAGCAUUUAGCAUAAUAAACGUGUAGCAUGGUCUUACUUUUAUAUUUCCCAAGCUGUUAAUAGUUAAGGACGCAGAAACUUGUCUAUAUUUCAUUCAGAAUAAAGCUUGUAAAAAUGUGAA